AUGGCGCGCACCAGAAUGACAGCUCCAAGAGCUACUGGCGGGCUUGCCCCUCGUAAGGUUGUUUCAGCCAAAGUAAAGCCUGGGAUGGAGGAACUGCCUCACAACCUUCAAGCUGCAAAAGCUGCUACCGGUGGCGCAGUACCACCGCAAGUUCAAGAAAUGGCACGUUCUUAUCUGGAUGUCCAUCCAGAACCGUCACAGAAUGAAUUUUGCAUGCUUUGCCAAGAUGGUGCACACGGCGCAGGCCAUUGCAUCUACGAAUGCAAUGAAAAUGGCUGCCCUUGUGGUGUUUGUACGAACUGCAUAUCAAUCCCCAAUAUCUACCUACAAGAUGUGAUGCAGCCCAGUGUCGUCUUUCGCUGCAUCCAUUGUCAUACGGCUCGCGAUAACACGUCGAGGGAGGUCACACCAUAUUAUGGAUUUUAUAUGGAUAACAAACCUAUUCUCCCAUCAUUCCUGCCCAUCGUUGGCCAGCUGCAACUUUCUAAACGUUCCGAGAUAUCUGCGACCCCCAUCCUGAUUAUUCACUUCAAAUUGGUCGGCUUCGAAACUACUGCGACCCCCAUCGAUGCGGUCCACUCUUAUCUUUCACCUUACUUUCCGAAUGGCGGUCUCCGCCUCGUUGAAGUAGUGUUUGAUCUCGGUACUGCGCGAAAAGUAGAUACAUACUCUUGGAAGUGUGAGGCCCCUGUGAAAGAAAUAAUGGAGGGUCGCAACUACCAGAGAGUGUGUAUUGCGAUCACUGAUCAUACAAACGACGAUAACGGUGACCCCUUUCUUGGCUACGACAAAGAAACCAACGGCAGCUAUGUCGCUACCACUGUUCCUGACUUCAUGGAUACCCUACUUGACCUGUGGAGGGAGGUGUUCCAGCGCGCGAACAACACUACCCUAUUUUUCUUCAGCUGUGGAGCCCUCGUCAAUCAUCCCGAAAGUUUUGGCGGUUUGAGUCAGUGUGCUGGCAAGCACAAGCUUACAUCCAUAGUUGCAUUCACCGCCAAGCACUUCCAUUUGUCCAUGACCUAUCACUUUAUGACGACAUUUGCUCAACUCGUUCUUAUCGAAGGCUUUACCCUGCGCGAGGCUUUUCCCAGCAUCCUUGACCAAUCGGGACUGGGAAUGCAUACCGAACUCAUCCUGAUGACCAUGUCAACGGUCCCAUCUCGGGACAGCGCCUCGGACCCAGAGUGCACUCGUUACUCAUAUGCUCACACGAAGGCCCGUCCAUGGGGGUGCACACUUCCCAUGCAGUGUGCCCAGUGUGGGUGUCCGACUGUGUGGAAACGAAUCGAGGCCAAUGUCUCACAGAUGUCUGCGACCUUUCAGUGCUCAUUCAAAGAUUGUGGCAAAAAGGGUAACGGCAGACGAUCUCUCCCAAAGUCCACGUACACUUGCAAGGCUCCGAAGGGCUCUAAGUUACUUCCAGGAAAAAACCGAAAUGCUGGGUGGUUGGAGAUUCCUGUUUAUGCUGCGACUGGCUUUUUGCGGCAUGCAGAGUGA